AUGUCACAAGUGUGGGCCCUUGUGGACCUGGAUGGCGACGGGCGGGUGGACUACCACACGCUCAUCCUGUCGGGCUAUGCCAACCCCAAUGGCGUCGCCUGGCGGGAUGGCGACCUGUUCAUCGGGUUGCCCACCCGCAUCGUGCGGCUGGACAACAUCGACCGGUAUGCGCUGCACAAGAAGCCCUACACCAGGACGCCGACCACCGUGCUGGAGCUGCCCGUCCAGGACUUCCACCAGUCGAGAUACCUGUCGUUCGGGCCCAACGGGAAGCUGUACUUCGGCAUAGGCAUGCCCUGUGACGUCUGCGUGCCGCCCACCUACCGCCGGAACGCCACCUCGCCCAAGUUUCUGCACGGCUCCAUCCACCGCGCCAACGCCGACGGCACAGGCGUGGAGCUCUGGGCCUCGGGCCUCAGGAACAGCGUGGGCUUUGACUUCCACCCACGCACCCGCAAGCUCUACUUUGCUGACAACGGGGCGGACUCUAUCGGCGGCGUCAUGACCGCCAACCGGCCUGACGACAAGCUGGGGUAUGCGCCGCGGAAGGGGCUCAACUUUGGGUUCCCAUACUGCCACACAACCGGGCGUGGCGGCGAGGCAAAGAAGCCCCGGCUGCGCCUCCCCGGGGUCGGCACCCCGCUGCCCGACCCCACCCUGAAUGCCCGCCAGCGUGCUGUCAAGUGCAAGAGCAGCAAGGUCACGCCCAGCAUCCAGGCGCUGGGGCCGCACGUGGCGCCGCUGGGCAUGCGCUUCUACUCCUGGCGCGCCGCCCGCUCCGCCUUCCCCAGGGCCUAUGACGGCUCCCUCCUGGUGGCGGAGCACGGCAGCGGCGGCCUCAACGCCACAGACCGCCUGGGGUACAGGGUGGUGCGUGUGGUGCUGAGCAAGGCGGGGGACAGGGUGGUCAGGCACGAGCGCUUCAUCAGCGGCUGGCUGCAGAAGGAGGGGACCCCAGACUCCAGCAUCGUCGGGCGCCCGGUGGACCUGCUGCAGCUCCCCGACGGCUCGCUGCUCAUCUCAGACGACGGCGCCGACUGUGUGUGGCGGGUGACGUACAAGCGGCCGAAGCGGUGA